AUCGCUUCGAUUCAGUUGAGUUCAGUUGGGCUUCCUUGACUUCUUGCCACGCUUGUACAUUCACUUUAUCCAGCUGCAAAAAAACAACAAUUGGAUACGUGCAACAAGGCAUUUUUUAAUCAUGGCUUUCCAGAUCUUCAAUGUUUCUGUCGGGGACCUUAAAAAUCUCUUCCCCACCAAGACUCACUUCCUAAUUUUCAUUGGUUAUAUGGGUCUCUUCAUCAAUCAAGGUAUCCUUGUAACUGCUACAAAGGACAAGAAUAACAGAUACCACUACAAUACCACUACCGUUGUGUUAUUCACUGAAAUUUUGAAGCUUUUUGUGGCAUGUUUUCUUCAACUCAGAGAGUCAACCAUCAGUGAAUUUUUUGGUCUUAUCAGAGAACAUAUAAAAGUACUUGUGCUGUACAUGAUCCCAGCUUUUCUGUAUUGUUUGUACAACAAUCUGGCUUUUGUGAACCUUGGUGCAUAUGACCCGACCACCUAUUAUCUUCUACUACAGUUCCGUGUUGUGGUAACUGGUGUAAUCUUUCAGAUCCUGUUCAGCAAACAGCUAAGUCGGUCACAGUGGAUUUCACUUUUACUCUUGACGAUUGGUUGCAUAAUCAAGCAACUUAACUUUAGUGGUCAAUCCGAUGGCAUAUCCUUUAAACUGGACUACAAUUUAGUCCUGAUACUCGUCCAAGUAUUCUGCUCCUGUUUUGCAGGUGUUUAUAAUGAAUACCUGCUGAAAGGAAGGAGUGGUGAAGCACCAAUCAUGGUUCAGAAUGUUUACAUGUAUAUUGAUUCUAUCAUUUGUAACAUUCUGGUCUUGAUAUAUGGUGGUUCCCUCAAGGAGGCUUUUACCAAAGAAAGUUUGAUGUCCAUCAUGGCAUUUAAGGUGGUGAUAAUCAUUUUUAAUAACGCUGCUAUUGGUAUAGUCACUUCCCUCUUCCUGAAAAGACUAAACUCCAUUCUUAAAACCUUUGCAAGUGCCUUAGAACUCAUGUUCACAGCCGUACUCUGUUGGAUCAUCUUUGGAAUCCCAGUUAAUUUGUUAACCUUUAUAGCAAUUGCAAUAGUUUCUUAUGCAACAGUUUUGUAUUCUCAUAAUCCUGUGGACAACACUCAAAAGCCUGAGGGUAAAAUCCCUCCUGAACAAAAAGGUCAUGCAGCUGCAGAAACCAGCCAUGAAGAACCUCAAAAAGCAUGAAAUCAUU